AUGCUCCUUCCGCGCUGCGGAGGCUUUUGGAGCCGCGAGGCCUCGCACCCUGCGUCGCCGGGGGUGGGGGGGACGGCGCCAAGGACGUCUGCGGCCCUGGUGGCGGCGGGAGCGGUGGCCGCGGCGUGGCAGCGUGAUGCGGGAGGGACUGAGGCGGCAGAAGAGGCCAUUCAAAAGGUACACCGUUCCCUCAACAAGCAUUGUGAGCCCGCUGGCGCGCAACAGCUGAGGGACGCAGUGUGCUCCAUUGAAAACGAAGUCAGCAGCCUGCGCUGGAGGCAGCCUCUGACGAGCGACCACGCGGGGGAUUUCUUGGCCAAACUGUCCGAGGUCCAUGGGCACGGGCUUGGGGCAUGCGUUGAGGAGGACGUCUGCUUUGACAUCCUGGAUUGCCUCCAUGCAGAUGCCACGUUUCAGGGAGCCCUGGGCAACGGAGGAAAACUUCUGGCCAGCGGCGUGGUCGCGGCGGCCUACGCGAUAUCCGUCCCAUCCUCGCGCGUCGCCCUCCUCUCCAUCCUGCCCUCGCUGUCCGACCUGGCGUCCCACCCGGGUGACGUCAUCCGGGCUCAGGCGGAGGCCGUGGUGAAGUCAGUGCUCCGCCUGUCCAACCAGAAUUAA